AUGGGUUUGAGCCGCCAGCUUUAUAGUCUCUGCAUGGAGAAUUUAGCCCUGCGAGAAGAAUUAAAUGCCCUUCGAGGGGAUAAUGCCAUUCUGGGCCUUCAGCUCGGAAGAACCCUGGCAGAGGUUACCUCUUUGCGGGACAAUGUCUCUAGCUACCUCCGCUGGCAGACGCCAGUGCCCACCCUUGCCCAGGAGAAUUUUGAGUUCCCACUCACGGGGAUCGCUGCCAUUCUCGAGGGAGAAGUACCCUUCUUAUGCUGGCAUCCCCCACGCACGAAGUCCAAGUAUAUCCCAGAUGAACUCCUGAUUGGUGUGAUCCAGGAUUGCAGCAACGGCCCCAUCGACCUCACUCUUCUGCCCAGUCCUCCAUCCCUGGCCCUGCCUCCACCUGAGCCAAAGGAACUGCCCCUGCUACUCCCUCUGCCACCUGAGAUUAAGUCCUUUUCAGACGACCCAGUGUACCUGCCUGUAUUCCUGGUGCAACUAAAAACUUUAAUAGCUGAACGUGAGGAUCACUACUUCCCCAGGGGUGCUGAGUGGGUGGCCUUUCUGAUCUCCUUUUUCACUGGCUUAGCCAAGGACUAGGCCUUCGUCAUCACCCAGGAAUGAGUGCAAGGAAGCCCCUUGCACGCUAACUUUCCAUGCUUACUGGAUGAAAUCCUGAAGGAAUUCUGUGACCCAAUCCUGACUGUGGCUAAAAAGGCCAUCCACAAGCUCAAGCAGGGAGACUAUACCAUCUGCAGCUAAGCAGAUCCUCUUCAGUUCCUGGCCUAAUUCUUGUCUUGGGAUGACUGCUGUCUCCAAUACCAAUUUAUCAAAGGUCUGUCAGAGUCCUGCAAGAGCUAGCUGUUAUGGCCACCUAAAAUGGUUGGCCUGGAUGAGCUGAUACUCAAAUGUGUGGAUAGAAAAGUUCAUGUCUCCAAUCCAACCCUACUCCCUGGAGUUUGCAAUAUUUCCUUCCCUUUUGCUACUAAUCCUUAUGAUGAUGAAAGUGAAGAUGACAAAUACUACAGUGAGGAUGAAGACAAAGAGGCAUUUUACCUGAAGGAUCAGUGCAGGCAAGUGAGGGCUUUUUGGCAAGAGAUGAGAGAGAAGGAGGAGGGCAAGAUAGAGUCAGAACAGGAAAAAGAGACAGAGGAGGACUAUGGUGAGGUUCAGGAUCACCUAGAUGAGCUAAUGGGGAUGGAAGAGCCCAUUAACCAUACUUCACCCCAGGCUUCUGGUUCCACAAGUGGCAACUAUGCUGAAAAUUUCCUAGGUGCCUUGCUGUUCAUAAUACAGCCUGGCAGACAGAGGAACUAGAAUUGAGUCCCACUUUUGGAGGACCUCCCUGGUACCAAUUCACCAUUCUGCAGUUCUACAUCACUGACUCACUGUGUAGGUCACUUGGGGCAAUGUCAAAUUAGAAGACACUGCCUGGUGCUAUUUGUUUCACCCAGAGAGGGGGACCACUGAGCUGCUUGUGGCCAAAUGUGCAUGUGA